CUCCACAUUUGUUGGCAAGGUGGCCUUUGGGGGCAAGAACAUCACUGGGUGGGUGAGUGGGCAAAAUGUUUUUGUUUAAACAUUUUGCUUCAUUAUAUAGUUGGAACUUUCAUUUUAAAUGCUAGUCUAAGCUGGGCCCCUUUCCAAAGGCACCUACUGAAGGACAGAGCAGCAACAAAAGAGACAAACACAGAGGGUUGAAGGAUGCUGAGGAAGGGUGAAGCUAUCAGGGGUUACCCUGGUGUUGCACUUGAAUUAAACAAGGGGCCACAGCCGGAGACAACAUGCCUUGAAAAAACAGAAGGUGUUACUGUGAGUGAAGACUAUGGCACAGGCCUCCUUGAAAAUCAGCUCUGUGUGGAGGAUUUCAUGAAGAUACAACAGGUCUUUGAGUCCCAAGAUCCAAGACAAACCAUUUGUAUGGCCAGGGAAGAAUUCAUACAGAAGAUGACAGAGACUGUGGGUUGGGGCACAGAGGAAGAAUUUGGAGAACUCUUUGACAAAGUGGAUGUGGCCCGAGAUGGCUUUGUUGACUGGGACAAGCUGAUUUCAUUUGUACUGCUAUCGCUUUAUGAGAGAGAGGAACGGACAAAGGCAACAGUGGUUCCCCAAUGGAAGGAUCUUGAAUUCCUCCCAGGAAAGCACAAGGACACCAUUCAGAAAGUAGUUUACUUAAAGAAUUCAAGUCGUUAUUUGACCAUUAGCAAGGAAGGCUUACUAGGAAUCUGGGGAGAGAACUUGAAGUUGCAGGAAUCACUUCCUAUCACGUCAGAUGCUACCAAACUCAAACACCUCUGGGUGACAAGUUUGGUUUCUCUGGAAAAUGUUAACAAGAUUGCAGUGGCUUUUACAAGCAAAGAGAUUUGUUUCUAUGAUCUACUGUCCAAAGAAGAAUUUCCUUGUCAGUACAAACUGCAAGGCCUGAGAGGAACUCCCAUAUGCAUGGAUUACUGGCAUAAUCCUCUUGAUCCCAAAGAAUCCAUCCUUUCUUUUGGGGAUAUAACUGGAAAGGUUCAAGCAAUUGUUUUCACGGCAGCCAUGAUUUCCCUUUUUGAACGGCCUGCUAAUGCCUGUGACGAUGAAGAAGCAACAAUGACCAUCGACUGGGCAGAGCUGCUCUCUGGAUGUCACAAAUGUUGUCACAUAUUACAGCACACACUUCAUCGUGGAGACUGGGUCAGGCAAGUUACUUACAAUGCCUCUUUGGAUGCUUUCAUUUCCAGUACAACCAGCAGUACCAAUACUGUGGUGCUGGCUUGGAGAGAGAAGUCAAAAAAACUCCUUAAAAUGACAUCUUUCAACAUUGCCCAGGGCAUUCAUGCUUUUGAUUACCACUCUCGGCUCAAUUUAAUUGCAACGGCCGGCAUUGACAACAAAGUUUGCCUAUGGAAUCCUUAUGUCCUCUCUAAGCCAGUUGGUGUGCUCUGGGGUCACUCAGCUAGUGUCAUAGCCGUUCAGUUCUUUGCUGAGAGGAAACAGCUUUUUAGCUUUUCCAGAGACAAAAUUCUGAGACUCUGGGAUAUUCAACACCAACUGUCCAUUCAAAGGAUAGCUUGUUCUUUCCCAAAAAGUCAAGACUUCAGGUGCCUUUUCCAGUUUGAUGAAACCCAUGGACGGCUUUUCAUCUCCUUCAAUAAUCAGCUUGCCUUGUUGGCCAUGAAAAAUGAAGCCAGCAAGAGGGUGAAGAGCCAUGCGAAAGGGGUCACAUGUGUCCUUUACAAUUCCCUCCUGAAGCAGGUAAUCAGCUCUGAUGUGGGGUCUACUGUUUCCUUCUGGAUGAUAGAAACCGGGCAGAAAAUCAAACAGUUUUCUGGUUGCCAUGGCAAUGCAGAGAUCAGCACCAUGGCCCUGGAUGCAAAUGAGUCGAGGCUUUUGACUGGCAGCACAGAUGGGACUGUAAAGGUGUGGGACUUUAAUGGAUAUUGUCACCACACCCUAAAUGCUGGGCAAGAUGGAGUUGUGGAUAUUUCACAGAUCCUGGUUCUUAAGAAGAGUAUCCUGGUUGUAGGCUGGGAGAGAGCAGUUACUGUGUUUCGACCCCAGAACUUCAAUCAGUUUUCCAUCCAGUCUGAAGAGUGGAAAGGGGGAAUCCAUCAUCAAGAUGACAUCUUGUGUGCUGCAUUUUUACCCCCGCAAACUCUUGCUACAGGUAGCUAUGAUGGAGAAAUUGUUCUGUGGAAUAGCAGCACCGAAAAUGCUCACCAUGUCCUUCACCCUGAUUACCAGAGGCAGUUAACAUCCAAAUUAGACCCAGAAGCCCAAAAGCUUAAUACCAAGAGGAGCUGCUCAGCUCAGUGCUUGGCACAGCAGGCCACCCUUGCUACCCAAAAUUUUGAGAGUGACACAGAAGGUAAUAAUGCUGUUAUGAAGCUUUGCUUCCUUGAAGCAAGAAAGAACAAUACAGUAACAGGAGGUGCCAACCUGGUGUCAUGUGGAGCAUCUGGUUAUGUCAGGUUCUGGGACACAUUCAAGAAAGAACUUCUGGCUGAAUUUUUGGCUCAUGCUGGAGUUGGAUCCAUUAUUAUGUCUACUGAUAAACAAAAUCAAUACCUUGCCACUGGAGAUCCUGAUGGAUGGUUGAAAAUCUGGAACAUAGAGGACUAUUGUACUAAUUCCACUGAGAUCAAAAUCACCCAGUCUCCACCUUUGCUCAGAUCAUUUCAGCCUCAUGAGGAUCGGAUAAGUUCCUUGCAGAUGUGUGAGCCAGGCGGUCAUUUGAUUAUCAUUUCCUCCUCUGUAGACUGCAGUAUCUGUGUGACUGGACUUUGCAAUGCUCCUUCCUUAAUCUUUGGUCAGGCAAGCCAUUGGGAUAUUGAAAAUUAUUUUUCUUUUCCUAAACGAGAUAGUAGUUUAAUAGAAAGUAAGAGUCAAGAGGAAAGCAUGAAAAUAAAUCCUUUAUUUUCUAAAAAGGAGUCAUGCUCAACAGAAGAUUCUCUACUUACUGAGGAAAACAAAGAUAUUUCAACACACAUUGUCAGAUCAUCAGAAGAAAUAAAUUUCAGUCUGGAAUAUAAGAAGAGAAAUAUCUAUAAGAAAAAAACACAUAAACCUUGCCAUCGUGAAAUUAUACAAAAAUCAGCCGGCAUCUUUAGGUCCUUAAGCCUUAGAAUGUUGAACGAGCUGCCUGAAGUGAAGCAACCUGAAUUCCUUUUAAAUCCUGACAAAUACUUUAAGGAAGAGCCAGAGGAAGAUGAGCCCCAAAUUCCGGAGCUUCCUUUGCUCUCUGAAACUUUGAAAGCUGUAUUUGAUGAGAAAAACCUGUUCCCCAAAGGAAUUCUUGAUCAUGAAAGACAAGACAAGCAACUGUGUCAAGAAACAAGUGGUGAAGUGAAGAUAAAAAGAAAUAAGAAGCAAUUAUGAUCAAACAAAAAACAAACACACCACGGUGACACGGAACACUCCCAUAAAAUGCCAAGAAGCAUCCAGAUUCCUUUCCUCCAUUACUUUCGAUGUAAAUGUCAAGACCCUUUGUCUUCAGACUAUGUGUUUGUUCUCUUUGUACUCAGAAUCGUCCCGUUGUCUGUAUAAGCUAAGAAGGGAUAGAAGAAAGAUUGGUUUAAUGGGGAGGAUUGACGAUUGGUUCUUAUCUAUUUCAGAAGAAAGUAUUCUACCUAGGUGCCCCUGCAAUUGCCCCUGUAGCCAAACAUUUACAAUGUGUUUUAUUAUAAAAUCUUCAUUAGCAUAUAUAAAAGACUAACAAAUUCAUUAAAAAUCAUAUAAAAUUUGUCUGUUUUAAUGUUCUCCCUCAUUAUAAUGUGUUUUUCCUUAACAAUUUUGAUACUGACAAUUAGAUAUUGAUAAUAACAGCAUGUUGUGUUCUUUUUAAAUACUUUAAAAAUAUUCUUUUAAUAUGUAUAUCUUUAAAAUUUUAGCGUACAAAUUUAUGGUGUACAGUGUUAAAAUUCAGUACACAUUAAUAAUCAAAUUGGGGUUGUCAACAUUUAAAAGUCAUUAAGUAUUUUCAAGUAAUUUUGAUUGACAUGUGACCAUUGAACACGUGGAUGUACACAGUGAGGUUAAUAUUUCAACACAUAUAUACAAUAUGUAGUAGUCAAAUCAGGAUAAUCAAUAUUUCCUAGCAAUCAUUUUAGAUUUAUGUUCCUUUUCUUAUGCCCUUAGUGGGGUAUUGAUGGGAGUGAUCUGCUUCUGUAUUUGAAAAUGGAGUAGCAUAUCAUAGCCAAACAGGUAAUAGUCUUGGAAAAGAAGCCAAGUGCCUGAACCUUCAUAAAAGCAUCACUGUCCACGAAGAGCCCAUAGGAAAUAUUUAGUUCUGCAAUUUACUGAUUCUCCUUGGGACAAACUUUUCUUUAUGUACAUCAUGCUCCAGGAAACCAAUAUUGUGAUUUUUUAUUGUAUCCUCCAGAAAAAUUAAUGUUAAUUUCCACAGGUUCAGUUUAUUUGGAUAUAUUUAUAUUUUAAAGAUGCCUUUGGAAUAGCUGGGCUGUAAAACUCUAGCAAUAACACAUGCUAAUAAAUAAUUAAAAUGCAUUGGAUAAUUGUGAUCAACAACCAAAAAAUUCUAUCUAUUUACAUUUUAAAUCUCAUAUGCAAUUCUUUAACAUGUAUCUAUUUUAAUGUUGUCUAAUGAUUAAAUAUCAUUGUUGGAAUUAUAACCCUGCUCUGCCUAUUUCUAAGUUUAAGGCAUUUGUAUCCUCACUCUGUUCACUUUUUUACAGGAUAUAUUUAGUGACAUUGGAUUUAAUAAUAGAUUUUUCCAGCAUCAUUAGAGAAAACAUUUGGUUUGGG